AUGUAUUUCCCCUAUUAUGAAGAGAUGAUUUUUACAUGUGUGGUGUCAUCAUCGGACGAGGAGACUGAAUCCGAUGAAGCGAGCCUCCACCCUCGCAAGACGUAUAAGACUGUGUUCGUGGCCAAGCUUCUUGGUGGAAUUGGUGAUGUUCUUGGUGAAAAGUUUUAUGUUCUUAGGCAGAAAGGGAGAAUGGUAGUGCCUAGUUCUUCAUUGACACCACCUUCUCCGUUUACUGGUUCAUUCCCAGUUGAUCUUCGUUUCGGCUCCGUGUUUGGGGGUGUAUCGAGCUCACCUAAAGGUUCUUCCCAACAGGAGAGGCCUACCAUGGUGGGAGAAGUAGGAACUACUUCUUACUCUUUGUUUUCGAGGCCUAUGCUCCGAGUUGGGCGAUUACAAAGGAUCCCUUACUGGCGGAAGACAUCACCGCCCAAGAAUGGAGUAGUUGUGCUCACCCUCCAGCUAUAA